AUGCCUUCACUUCUCUUCUAUGUACAGAUCUACAAUGAAAUGAUCCGGGACCUACUGAACCCAUCACUGGGCUACCUGGACCUGCGAGAGGACUCAAAGGGUGUAAUCCAAGUAGCCGGAAUUACAGAGGUGUCCACCAUCAACGCUAAAGAGAUCAUGCAGCUGCUGAUGAAAGGGAACAAGCAGAGGACCCAGGAACCUACGGCAGCCAAUAAAACCUCAUCGCGGUCACAUGCCAUCCUCCAAGUCACCGUGAGACAGAAAAGUCGCAUCAAGAACAUCACUCAGGAGGUGCGAAUGGGAAGACUGUUCAUGAUAGACCUGGCCGGGUCAGAGAGGGCUUCCCAGACUCAGAACCGAGGACAGAGGAUGAAGGAGGGGGCUCACAUCAACCGGUCUCUGCUGGCUCUCGGGAACUGUAUCAACGCUCUGAGCGACAGAGGAGGGAACAAAUACGUCAACUACCGAGACAGCAAGCUGACCAGACUUCUGAAGGUGCGUCCAUGCAGUGCCGAAUAUUCUUCUGUCACAUUGUUGGCCAUUUCAGGCUCCUCUGUCCAGGAAAAAAGAACUUUAUAA